AUCCUCGCACAACAAACAAUGACCGAACGAACCUCUGAACAGAUCCACCACCACGCCUCCUUCCUCCGCCAAUGCACUGCUGACUUCGCUACCGAAAUCGCCUCGCACCCUUCAGAUGAAAGCACAAACUCCUUCCUCAUCACGAUUAAAAGCUUCAUGAUCGCCCUCAACGGCAGCUUCUCCCAAUAUCACGACCCAAUUGCCUUCAUCGAAGCGGAUCUCCAUCAUAUCUGGUACAUGGUCAUCUCCGUCGCGAAAAUCAGCAGCCCAGAAGAUACCACGCAUGAUAGUCUUGUGCUCUUGCUUUUGUAUUUUAGGGAGUUAGGGACGCUGAGGAGGAGGAUUGAGGGCGUGGAGGAGGAGGAGAAGGUGGGUGGGGAGAGGGUGUGGACUGAUUUGCCUUAUUUUGCGGAGGAUUUGCUGGCGGAGUGGAGGAAUGAGGAGGGAUUGACUGCUAAGCAGCGGAUCAACCUUGCGGUGUUUAUCGGGAAGUGCGUGGCGUUUGGGGUUGAUGGUGCUAAUUCUUUGUUGUCUGCUCUUUGGCUUUUGCGGGAGGCACUUGAGGGUGGUGGAGAGCUUGAUGCGCCUAAGAGGGAUGGUGGUGUGCCCUUUGUGGAGUUGUUGUCUGCUUGUGCUGCAAUUUUCGAAAAUUGUGGUCAUAAGAUCCUUACCCUAUGCUUUGACAGCCAAACACUGGGUCAGGGGAACUUGAAAUUUUCGGAUUCUGACCAAGUGCCAGCCAGAGAGCUCAGUAUAGCCAGAUGGCUCUCCUGGAGGCAGACAUUCCAGGACCUAAGCAGAAACGAGGAUGAGGCACUUGCAAAAGGGGCAAAACUUGGUUUUAAUGUCAUGAUUAGUUGUGGGAGAGAGAUGGGCUGCGAUGUCGAAGGCGAGGAGAAGUAUUGGGCUAAAGUUAUGAAGUUACUUGAGGAAGAGUUGAAGAGAAGUGGGAAGGAGUCAGUGGGGUUGGAGGACAUCGUUACUGAUCCAAGUUGGGUUGACUGAGUACAGGAAGAACAGGCUUGAAGUAGAAUGUUCUGGGAAGUAGCGGAGAAUUCGGGUUCUAGGCUGUAGAUUUUUUGGACACUUGAAGUUUUGCACAACGUUUUGUUCAUGUUAUCUGCAUUCUUCUGAAAGU